AAUGUCGGUUAUGGCUGCCUUCAUAUACACAAAUCUUGAAAACUUAAAAUCUUGAAAACCAAAAAAAUAAAAAAAUAAAGAAAAAGUUGAAGAAUUUGCUACUUUCAUGCUUGUGUUUUACUAUUUCUUGUUCCCUUCCAGAUAUAUCACCUACUACUGAUGACUCCAUGCCUUCUUAUCAUCUUCCCCACCACCCACAUUCACAGAAUUCCAUGUGAGUAGUUGUGUUUUCUCUGCAACUAUUUCAAAAAAGCCCUCUUUUUUCUUCUUAAAAAUUCAAUCUUUUCUCAAUUUAAGGGGGCUGUUGAGGUUCUUGAUUUGAUAUUCAGAUACCCUUUUGGGAAAAAGACUCUUACACAUUUGGGUUUUGUGAUUCUUGACAUGGGUUUGGAUCAAGUUUGCAUCUUUUGUUGGAGAUCUAGAGUUUAAAGAUUAAGCAAAUAUUGGUGAUUGAUUGUUUAGAAUUUGUUUUUUCUCUUCAAGCAUCUUCACAUUCAGGGCAUCUACACAUUUUUACAAAUGGGUCUCAAAAAAGAUAUGACAGAGGAAAUUCCAGCUUUAAAUCUUGAAGUAUGGCAUCUUAUAGCAAUAUUUGUGGCAUUAUCAAUUGUUGUUGUUCUGUCACUGCUUUGGUGUUACACUGUCACAAAAAAUAAAUCCAAGAGAAAAAAUGACAGACUUCCUACCCAAAGACCGACUGUCGUCUCGGCUGAGAUCAAAGACAUAAGAGUUGACCAAAAUUCAGCUAAUGUGUUUGUUGGUCAAGAUGCAAAUCCUCACACCUUAUGGGACAAAUUCAGCGAUAAAGAUAAAGAUUCAGACAAGCUUUUAACACGCCCGAGCGUUGAUAAAAGUAAAUAUGGUGAUAAUAGUAGUCAAUCAGGAUCUUUUAAUCAUUUAGAGAAAGAAGAUUUGGGCCCCGACUCGGGAUCACAUCCUAUGACUGGCACCUCCCCUUUAUCCGGUUUACCGGAGUUUUCUCAUCUUGGUUGGGGUCAUUGGUUUACUUUACGGGAUCUUGAGACCGCAACAAACCGAUUUUCUAAAGAUAAUGUUGUUGGUGAGGGCGGGUAUGGGGUUGUGUAUCGUGGUCAACUUGUUAAUGGUUCACCCGUCGCUAUCAAGAAAAUUCUCAACAACGUAGGACAAGCUGAGAAGGAAUUUCGAGUUGAAGUUGAAGCAAUUGGUCAUGUUCGACAUAAAAAUUUAGUUAGACUCCUUGGCUAUUGUAUUGAAGGAACACACAGGUUGUUAGUAUACGAGUAUGUCAACAAUGGUAAUUUAGAGCAAUGGCUUCACGGAGCGAUGCGCCAACAUGGAUAUCUUACUUGGGAGGCUCGCAUGAAAGUUAUCCUUGGUACCGCAAAGGCUCUCUCGUAUUUGCACGAGGCCAUUGAGCCAAAAGUGGUGCAUCGAGAUAUCAAGUCCAGCAAUAUAUUACUAGAUGACGAAUUCAAUGCCAAAUUAUCUGAUUUUGGACUUGCUAAGUUAUUAGGCGCUGGAAAAAGUCAUAUCACAACCAGAGUUAUGGGCACGUUCGGAUAUGUAGCUCCAGAAUAUGCAAAUAGUGGUCUUCUGAACGAGAAGAGCGAUGUGUAUAGUUUUGGAGUUCUACUAUUGGAAGCAAUUACCGGAAGAGAUCCGGUAGAUUAUAGUCGUCCAGCGGAUGAGGUGAAUCUGGUUGAUUGGCUCAAAAUGAUGGUUGGAAAUAGACGGUCAGAAGAGGUUGUUGACCCUAACAUCGGUACUAGACCAUCUAGAACUGCACUUAAACGUGCACUUUUGACCGCUUUGAGAUGUGUUGACCCUGAUUCCGAAAAGAGACUUACGAUGGGUGAAGUUGUGCGUAUGCUCGAGUCUGAAGAGUAUCCGGUAACACGAGAGGGUCGAAGACGUCGUAGGAGUCAAGCUAAUGCAACGGAACCCGAGUCUCAGACCGAAAACUCGGAUGCAGAAAAGGGGACCAAGUAAAAUUUGAAGUCUAUUAUGACCAACUUCCACACAGUACAGAAAUGAAAUGCAGAAUAUUGUUGUUGAAUUCAGUGAAACAAGCAAGAUGAUGGGAAGCUAAUACUACCAAACACACAUCUUAUUAUUUUUUAUUAUUAUUAUGAUAUGAUUGUUUACAUGUAGAUGAUGAUGAUGUUGGAGAGAUUGAUUUGUGCAUGAUGAAAGUCAUCUUUAAAGAUUACUGGUGUGUACAGUUUCUUUUUUGUAUGGGUGUGAGCAAUACUAGAUUGGCAUGACCAUAGUUUUUGUAGUAAGAUUUUGGAUGCAUUUUCCUUCUUUCAAGAAAGAUUAAUGGAUUCAUUUAUACAUAAUAUUGCUACUUUUUUUGUUU